AUGGCAGCUCAUAAUGAACAACCUUCCAAUUAUUCAUCUCCCACAAAUAGCGUAUUCUACAAUACCAAUUAUUCCUCACCAGAAUCUCCUACCACACAUCAUAGCAGGAAGCGAAAGCAACAACAGCAACAACAAGAGUUUCAACACUAUGGGGAUCAAAAUCAUCAACGGAAUGGUGUCCUAGAUAAUCUAUAUCAAUCCUAUAACCAACCUUGGAAUAAUCAUGCCAGCCAGCAAGAAUUUAUUGUGCCCAUCUCUUCUUCCUCUACAACAACAACAAACUAUCAGCAACAUCAUGAAGAGUCAAAUCUAGCGUGGCAUCGUACUACACCUCCUAGUCAUGAUUCAUUUAUUGUCUCCACCAAUUAUCAACAGCAGGAUCCCUUCAUUCAUUCUACACUGCAAAAAUCAAACAAUGGCGGCGUGGGAGAAAACUCGGAAAUUCAUCACUUGCUCAAUCUUGAUCAACCAUCAUCCGCAUUUCAAUUUAUUGACACUCAUAAAGAAAACAAUAAUACGCGUACUUUACACCUCAAUGACUUGGGUAACUCUCGAUUGAUGCAACAACAUCAACCUUGGUCCGCUUCUCCUCAACAACCACAGACAUACAAUGGAGCAAAUUCGCCAGGUUUCUUCACACCGGGCUUUUUAGAGUCUUUGCAGGAGGAUGAGAAUGAAUCACCUCAAAGUUUCCCUUUUCAUGUGUUACCAUCCACAAGACAUUGGAAUCCUUCGCUGGAUGAUUCUAAAUCCAACAUUGAACCCGAUUCUAUUUUGACAUCAGAAAGAUCCCUAGUACCACAAGGCACAGAUGUUCCAAUUGCACUGUUUAAUUCAGGGCCCUCAUCACCUAUUCCUUCCUCUUCAUCCUCCCCCUCUCCUCCUCCUCCUCUGUCUUACAAGCUCUCUGAAGACAUCUCCAUCAUUGAUCAUCGUCGUUCCAUUCAAGCCGGUGUCAUGAACGCUCGUUUAUUGCAGCACGCUGUCAAUGCGGCGAAAAUGAAACCCAUCAUUCAAAACUACUUGCUGGGUGGAGCUGAGGAAAAGACGGUAGUGAUCCUUACGAGUAAAGUUGCUCAAAAAAGUUAUGGUACCGAAAAAAGGUUUUUGUGUCCUCCUCCUACCGCUAUUUUGGUUGGUUCCAGUUGGUGGACCGGUAGUAUAGGUCAGCAAGAAAUCGAAAAUGCCAAUGAGAUUCUCAAAAGAGGUCAAGAAGAAUUGAAUCCUCCUAAAUUAACUGUAAGUAUUUCUGGUGAAACAUCCACGCCUCAAUCGGGCCAAAUCGAAUGGUAUACUGUGUCUGGUGUUACCGUUGGACAAACUGGACAUAUAAAGUCACAACAACAGCAACAGCAACAGCAACAACAGCAGCAGUCCGCUUCUCAAAAUACAUUGCAGUCAGAACAUCCUAGUCGUUUUCGUAGUAGUUCGGAGUCUCGUAGCAACAGUGUCGAUUGGUAUCAUAAUCAUCGUCACGAACAGCUUUCUGCUGGUAAAUGUGUUUCCAAACACUUGUACAUCAAUGACGCGGACGAAAAAAGAAAACGCGUCGAAUGCUUGAUUAAAAUUCAAAUGGCGAACGGUAUUCAAUUAGGAACAUUGGCUUCCAAGGGAAUAAAAGUCAUUAGUAAACCAUCAAAAAAGAGGCAAAGCGUGAAAAACAUGGAACUUUGCAUUCAUCAUGGUACGACAGUAUCUCUUUUUAACCGUAUUCGUUCACAAACAGUUUCCACAAAAUAUUUGGGUGUUUCCACCGCAGGUUCAAGCUUUUCCUUCCCCGGUCAAAUUAAACAGGACAACACACCUUUAGUAGCAGCAGCAGCAGCGGCAGCGGGGGAAGGUACUUGUUUUGUAGCUCGAACUACCUGUUGGGAUCCGUUUGUGAUUUGGGUUGUCGAUACCACUAGAACACCUAGCGAUGCUAAAGAAACCGAUACACCUGAAGAUUUUAUUGGACGCAAUGCAAGCUUUACUCGAACUAUUCCUUACCCUCCACCACCUGCCAUUGCAUUAAAAAACAAGACGGGUCAACUGAUCCCUAUUCACUAUAAUCAACACGUCGUGUUACAAUGUCUGACCACUGGUCUGGUGAGUCCAGUCAUGAUUAUUCGGAAAGUAGACAAGGCCUCAACUGUGGUUGGUGGAGCUCAGAGCACAGAUGAUUUAAACUUGGUCGGUGGCGGCGAAUAUGGUGAUGAAGUCUUGGGUGACCCUGUUUCUCAAUUACACAAAGUUUCGCUUCAAAUCGUACAGGAUCCAGCCAAUGCAAAUCAUCGUCAACAAGAGUAUUAUUCACGUCCUCCAUCUUCUCCUCCUACUAUGAUGCCCAAAUCAUCUCAUCCUGUCACUUAUUUAGCUUGUCUUAAUGAUAUGGUGGGUAUGCACAAAACAACAGAUCAGAGAAAACCCAUCCAUUCGCCUCCUCCUCCUCUUCCAACAUCUUCUCAUUCCACAAAUACAAACUCUGUCAUGAACUGGGAUGUCUUGGAUAUGUUUGAUAUCACUUCUCAAGAAGAAAAAAUUAUUCGAAAACGACGUGUAUCUGCUUCGGCUACUACCGCCGAACAGAAUAAUAUGUUGAUGAUGCAGCAGCGAUAUAACCCUAACGAUGAUUUCUAUUCAUCCAAUAAUGCUCCCCCACCACCUACACCCAUUCUGAAUCCCAAAUUCGAAAACUCUCGUAAAUCCAGUGUGAGUAGCUCAGGAAGUGGAGGCCGGCGAUCUUCUGUUGGUGCAGGCAGUAGUCAGUCGUUAGGUGCUUACUGGAGUGAAGAUGUAUCUGAUGCCGCUGUUUGGACGAUUGUAGGUACAGAUUGCGCCACGUACACUUUUUCAUGUCCUACUGCAUUAUCAGAAGACGCACCCGUCAUUCAUAACCCAUUUCCUUACCUCACAAGUUUUACAAGUAAACCCACGAGUAAAGAUGAAGAAAUCAUACUUUCCCUUCAUGGUGAGAAUUUCUCGCGUGAUAUUCAAGUGUGGUUUGGAGAUCAAAAGGCUUUACAGACAGAGUAUCGAAGUCGAGAGCUGCUCGUCUGUAAAGUGCCUUCAAGAAUUGAACUGUCCGAGGCUAAAAAGUUGUACAAUGAAAUCCCUAUUUUGCUGGUCAGAGGGGACGGUACGAUAUGUAAAACAAACAAAUUCUAUCCCUUGUAA